AUGCAUCGCGCACUUCUCCUCCCCGAAAUUGUUGCAACAAUUCUGGAGACAAAUAGGUCAAUCCCUGGCUUCCUUCAUACUUGCCUCUUUGUCUCCAAAACAUUCUCAGAAGAAGCAUGUAGAAUCCUGUGGUACUCAUGCGGAGCUUACUGCUUUGCUGAACAGGGGACGCCAAAUAUUAAACAUCUCGCUCAAAUAGCUAUUCAAAAUACCGAGAGAGCGCAAUACUACGCCGAUUUUGUACACGUGCUUGAAUUUUCGGAAGAAGAAAGUGAUGAAGAAGAUGGGAAGGAUGAGGGUCGUGAUGAGGCGUAUCUCGAUGAAGCAAGAUGGCAUAAGGAGCUCACUUCCUUGCAAUUUCCUCAUUUGAAAGACUUCAGCCUUCACGAAUCCAGUAACGCAACUGAAUUAAAUACGGGAGAGUUUAUCAGUCACUACGCGCAACCAAACAUAGAGAGUUUCACGGUGUACCAAGGAAGCCGCAUUUCCGACGCUUUGUUUGACAAACUAACACAAUCUUGCCCAAGACUAAAAUCUCUUCAUCUCAGCAAAAUAAGCUCAAGUAAUCUAUCCAAAGAUGGACUCGUUCGAUUUUUGAACAGAGCGGAUACACUUACUGCCCUCGUCAUCCAAACUGGGGUCUACGAUAGUUGGUCCUACGAGGCAUUUGAAGCCAUAGCCAAGCUUCCAAAUCUGACCUACAUUGAGAUUCCUGAUAUUCAGAACAAUUGGAUGGACUCCGUCAGUCGCGCCAGCCCUUCUACUCCUUUGUUUCCAAAAUUGGACGUCCACUUGAGUACCGGCAUUUCCGAGCGUGAUUUAGAAUGCUUGGCUCAACAUGUCCCCAAAUUAGAGGAUCUAUCUAUAACUUUACAAAAUCUGCCUCCGUCACUCAGUAUCCUCGCAUCUGCAUCGAAUUUCUCACAUCUUACGAAUCUGAAAGUCGAAUUUGGACCACGGAAUCGAAUCAGCGGCAGCGAUCUUCUAAUUCUUGCAAGAAACUGCCCUUUACUAUCUUCUCUUUCGCUUGGAGUAGUUGACGAUGACGUGUUCUCUCCACCAGGUCCUGCAUACCGUCCUUCCACUACCGGUAUUACUGACGAUGUUAUUGACGAGGUCGCUCAAGCAUUAGGAGACAGUAUUAUCUCUUUGAGUAUCAUUUUUGACCGCUCCGAUUUGCUUACGUGGAGCUCCAUUCUUUCUCUCGCUCGAUAUUGUUACAAUCUAGGAGAUUUGACAAUAUCCUGCAACUUUGAUUGGCAAGAGGCUAUGAGUGGCACGGUCGAACACACUUUUCCUGCUCUCGAAAAUCUGGAUUUUAUUUUCGAUUCCUAUCUAAGGGCAUCGCAGGUUCAAGAUUUCGACCGGGCAGCGGUCCAAAGCUGCGCACAGAAAAUGUUUAAAUUGGCGCCAAAACUAUCGUCGUUCUGGAUUGAUGGUGCAAACGAAGUCGACAACAGCUGGGAGUCGGCUAUUCAGAUGAUGUAUUACGAUUCAAUCUCAUGA